AUGGAUAUCGUCAAUCAGGUGACGAUCAUAGGGGCAGGCCCAGCAGGUCUCAUGCUAGCCUGCACUCUCGCACGCUAUGGAAUCCAAGUCCAAAUUCUCGAUGAUAGGCCCUCCUCCACUGCAACCGGUCGAGCCGACGGCUUGCAACCGAAGACUAUUGAGACACUCAAGCAACUCGGUCUUGCAUCUACUUUGCUCGAGAAGGGGGUCAAGGUGUAUGACAUCUGUUUUUGGAAAUCGACAGCGACUGAGAAACUACAUCGUACGGCCAGGGAAAUCCAUUAUCCAGCCGAUGUAGUAGAUUUGUUAGAUCCACAUCUUCUACUCAUACACCAAGGAAUGAUCGAAGAUGUAUUUAUCCAAGAUCUAAUAGCCCGAGGAGUUGAAGUACAGAGAAAUUCCUCGUUCCUUAGAUUCAAGAAGCCGACGUCUGAAAAUGAAGAUAUACAUGUAGAGUACAAAGAUAUUCAAAGCGGCGAAACGAAGUUUUUGAAGACGCAAUAUCUAGUGGGUUGCGAUGGCGCCCAUUCGAACGUCAGGAAAUGCCUGGAUGGCGCAGAGAUGGAAGGAGACCAAAGUGGAAGUGUAUGGGGUAUCUUGGAUGCUGUAAUUGAGACGGAUUUUCCAGAUUUGUGGAGCAAAACUGUGGUGCAGGCUGAGACGGGUGCAAUUCUUGCCAUACCACGGGAGCGAAAUAUGACGAGACUCUAUAUUGAGUUACAAGAUACGGCGGAGGAGAACUCCAAAAAGGUUGUUCAGGACUUUGUGAUGAAGAGAGCCGAGGAGAUUUUCAGUCCAUACGUAUUGAAAUGGAAGCGCAUUGAAUGGUUUGCUGUUUACAGAUUUGGUCAAAGAGCUGCCAAACGCUUCUCGGACGAUGCUCAACGGAUUUUUAUUGUUGGAGAUGCCGCGCAUACUCAUUCCCCAAAAGCAGCGCAAGGUAUGAAUGUAUCGAUGCAUGACUCUUUCAAUCUUUCAUGGAAAUUGGCUCUUACCAUUAAAUCUUUUGCACUCCCCUCUCUUCUGCAAACGUACACGCAAGAACGACAAGCUGUUGCUCGAGACCUCCUCGCGUUCGACUUUGAACAUGCCAAUGCUUACUCUGCGGGCGAUCCUAAAGCACUAGCCGACAAUUUUGCGCAGAAUGUUAGGUUUAUCUCUGGACUUGCGGAAUAUGGCGAGAAUGUUCUAAAUAUUCCAGAAGUUGUUGCAAGAGUUCGUUCAAAGACAGAAUCGCUUUCAAGUUAUCGAGUACGUACAAAAGGUCAAAGACGUGGAGGUAUACUGAAAGCUGGUGCUCUACUGCCACCGGCUAGGGUGACCAGGUACAUUGAUGCGAAUCCCGUCGAUUUGCAACUCGAUAUUCCUUUGCUGGGGCAAUUUCGCAUCUUUUUCUUCACGCCAAACGUUCACCGGUGGUCUGUUUGUUUGGAACACAUUUUUCAGAAGCUCUCUGAUCCCACAAAUUCCUUCGGUCGCAUUUCUACUGCAGCGCAUCCAUUCACACCACAAGAGACAGAAAUGGAUGAAUAUAAUCAGCCAAACAGGUAUAUAGGUGUAGGCAAGCUGUUCACAUAUGCAUUGGUGACAAAGAUGGAAAAGGAUGAAUUCGAAAUUGUAGAUCUACCGGUAAGCUUGCAAGAUAGCAGAUGGACCAUUUAUCUUGACGGUCUUGGUAAAUAUGGAGAAAGCUGUACCAAAAAAUGGGUAGGCGAUGUCGAGGAUGAUGAGAUGGUUGUUUUGAACAUCAGACCCGAUGGAUACGUUGGGUCCUCCAAUAGAUUUGAGGUUGGAGAAGAAAGUGAUGGCGACGGAGAGAGUACUGGUGAGAAGGUAGUAAAAUGGUUGGAGGAAUAUUAUGGUGGGUUCUUGAAAAGUUGA